AUGGAUAAGGUUCUAACAGGGUUACAGGGAAUCGAACUUUUCGUCUACCUAGAUGAUAUCGUAAUAUAUGCAAGUAGUUUGACGGAACACGCGCAGAAAUUUAACAAAUUAGCUGAAAGACUGAGGAAAGCUAACCUCAAACUGCAACCGGAUAAAUAUGAAUUCCUAAGGAAGGAAGUCACGUACUUAGGGCACGUAAUUAGUGAAGCAGGGGUAAAACCGGACCCCAAGAAAUUAGAAGCCGUGGGAAAUUACCCACGACCGCGUAACGCUAAGAACAUCAAACAAUUCCUCGGAUUAGCAGGAUACUACCGCCGGUUCAUUAACAACUUCUCCCACAUAGCCAAACCCUUGACAUCGUUGUUAAAGAAAGACAAACCUUUUGACUGGCGCGAACCACAAGAAGAAGCGUUUAUAAGAUUACGCAAUUGCCUGUGCGAAGAGCCUCUGCUUAUCCACCCGGAUUUUACCAAGCCUUUUAUCUUAACUACAGACGCUUCCGCCUACGCAAUAGGAGGAAUACUUAGCCAAGGUGAAGUAGAUAGCGAACUAGAUGAACUAUUUACCCCAAGUCGUAAAAAAGGAAAGAAGUCCAAAGAAAAUCCUAAAGGCACCAACCAACCCAACGACGAUACCCCCAGCCAAAGAAAUCCUAAGGAACCAAUAUCUCGAUUAAACGAAACAUCUAUAAAUGAGACAUCAGAUCUACCAAAUACCACUGAUUCCCAAUUCCUCGACAAAAUCACGAACAACGACACAGAUCCGAACGAUCCCCAUAACCAAGACGAUUUAGAAGACAUGAAUAGCGACGAUGACGGGAAUUCAGUAACUAGCGACAGCAGCAGUGAAACUGACUACGACACUGAAAAUGAACCUACCUUAUUCGACAAGGCCAACACGCCAUACGAACUAACUCAAAAAAACAAAGUAAUGUUCCAAGUCUCACGUGAAAGCUUGCCAAAUCGAAAAGAUAAUCUCGUGGUAUUCAUAUCUCCACAAAAUGAACCGUGUGACGAAGGUGCUCGUGCAUUAAAUCAAGCAAAAAUGUUACCCACAACAGAAAAUGUAACCAUCGCGCGCGCCCGACCGAUUCUAUACAAGCAGAAACACAUAAUUACACUCGCUAUAAAAGACAAGGUAUCGGAGAUAACAGAAAAAGAAAUUCUAGAAGAAACUAUAUACUCGCUUUUAGACGUCAUCAAGGAACUCGGGUUGCAAUCUUUCUCUAUAUGUAAAGGAAACGUCGGCAGCGUACCAUGGGCACGAGUUCGCGAAAAUCUACGAAAUAUAUUGAGUCAUUCGGGAGUAACUAUAACCAUUUGCAAGAACGAAAUAAUUACGCCACCGCAGAAUCAAUGGCAAGAGAUAAUAAAAGAACACCACGCUUCCGCGAUAGGAGGACAUAAGGGUGUGACGAAAACGUACAAACGCGUCAGAUACAAAUACUUCUGGCCAAAAAUGAAGGCCCGGUAA